GAUGAAAAAGUGGUUGCAAUGAGUCAACUUCACCAAACACCUGAGAGAACCAAUGCGUAUGAGAAUAUUAUUUCAGAAGGUGAUUGGGAUGUUGUACUUAAUGAAUGGGAAGAAUUACUAAUUGAUAAAGAGCUAGAAGAAGAAUAG